UCCAUUCCGGUCCAUUCCUAGCGUUGUUGUACAUUUCUCACUACCCAGGGAAGUGGCGGUGGAAAAAACUGUUGGUUCAAAUUUGAUCGCCAGUCGAGGUGAAACAAAUAUUUAGCUGUCCACAGGCCGACUUUUAAUGUAGGUUUCCAAAAAAAAAGGUGGGUAAACUUUUGACAUGUUGAGAACUGCGUUUACUUCUAUCAACCCUCCAGCGCACAACUGGCAGGGACGUCCCGUUAACUGAGUCGAGAGAGGGGAGAGGGGAUCUCAACAAAUCCGCAGAUUUCAUGCGCUCUCCCUCUGCCAUUUUGAGAGAAACCGGUUGGCUUCGCUUAUUGGGACGUAAGCUGUUUUAAAGGCAAACAAGACUCCUGACUUUUGAUUGUUGUUUCCCCGGAUUUGUGGACAAUCAGGAGAGGCCUCUGAGCUAAAGUUCAACAAGCAGGAAGUAACCUUUUGAUUUGAACCUGGACACUAAACAACCAAUCAACAACAGCCAUGUGCUCUAUGAACAAUCAAACAAACUGGGUGACUUUUGAGGAUGAGGGGAGUGCAUCUACAUCCCCUUCUUUUGCCUCAACCCCCUUGAAGAUCCCAAGCAGUGGGACAAAGUUAGCCUCAACCCCCCUAAAAUCACCAGGGGCAAAGGCAGCGUCACCCCCUUUAUUUGCCUGUACCCCUGUGAAGACACCCCCAGGUAGUGUGAAGACAACAGGGUUAAAGACAGUUCCUCGUCCCAAUGGCCUAAAACUGGUACUCCCCCCAUUAGGAGACACAUCCUGGAGCUUCAGAAGUUCCCUUGAAUCCAGCUCCCCUCCAAUGCACUUUAACCUCAACGAAAUUUCCCCUGUGCCGUGCAAUACUCCUCUUUGUACUCCGGUUAGGGAAGUUCCUCCGACUGGUGCAUUACCGUUCCAUUGCAGGCCCUGGGAUCAGCACAGCUUGUUUCACAGCUUCUCCAGUUCAUCUGCUGCUCUGCUUUGUUCCUCUUCUUCUGGCCCGGACCAGGCUUCCAUGACGAGCACCACCCCACAGCCAAAGGAUAACGUCUCUGUCUCUGAUGGCCCCAGUUCCUUCCCCUCCUUCCAGGGGCACCCAGGGCAUUUCAACCCUUUCUGGGAUGGAGCUGGUGAGCAUGGUGUGGACUCCGGGAGCUCCUCUUCUGACUCGGAAUCAGGAGGUUCUAGUCUGCCUCGCUUCUUCAUCCGGACGAAAGAUGGCAACGAGCCUCCUCGACCAGACCACCUCCAGAGCUCCUACUCCUACAUCUGUCACAAGCUGGAGGGCCUGCGAGCUGAGGAAAACCUAGACACCGAAGAAGAAGGAGGAAUAGUGGUGGGUAGGGCGAAGAGGAGAGGAGUACGAGACGAAGAGUGUGCACGGGAGGGGCCGUCACAGGCUUUUGUCUCUCACGGUCUCUUCCGUACCGAGAAGAGAGAUGGCUGGUCUUUAAUGUUGAGGAUCCCGGAGAAGAAAAACCGAAUGUCAUCCCGACAGUGGGGCCCCAUCUACCUGCGUCUGAUACCUGGAGGGGUACUCCAGAUGUACUAUGAGAAAGGACUGGAGAAGCCUUUCAAAGAGUUUCAGCUGGAGCCUCACUGCAGGUUGUCAGAUCUCAAACUCGAGAACUGUGGAGAGUCUCGCAAAAUCCAGACUGUGAAGGUGGAGUACGUGUCUUAUACAGAAAAGAAACGCUACCACCCAAAGCUGGAGGUGUCCCACGAGGCUGAGGUUGAGCAGCUGCUGAAGUUUGGAACCAUGGAACAGGGUGACAUGGAGGACCUGUUAGAGACCAUCGAGGAAGAGCUCCUCAGGCUGGCCCCGCCCCUGUCGCAGAAACGGCACUAUGAGGAGCAGGAGAUGACACUGCAGAUUACAGACCACCUUUGUGUGCAGCUGGACAAGGACGGUGUGGUGAUGGACCGGGCAGCCGUGACAAAGAUCCACUGCCUGGCGUUCCUCAAUGGCCCAGGGGAGUGUUUCCUGGCUCUCAACGAUCUGGGGCUACUUCGCUUCGAUGCCAGCUACAGCUCUGGCUCUGAGGAGGAUGACAUCCUGGAGGGUUGGAUGGAGAUUGGUGACUGCUACUUCCACAAGUGCGUCAACGAUCUGGAAUUCUACAGGUCCCGACUGCUCAAGUUCUGUCCUCCGGACGCUUGCAGAGUGGAGCUGAUGCGUUACAAGACAGUAGCUUUGGGAUGCACUGACCUACCGUUCACUGUCAAGGCAGUGGUAACUGUUCAAGGGGCCUACGUGGAACUCCAAGCCUUCAUCAGGAUGUCAGCUGCCUUCUCGUCCUUCACCGGCAUGUCGGAGACUCAGCCGCUCUGUGACAACAUCCUGAUCCGUGUACCGGUGCCGGGCGACUGGGUGAAGGUUUCGCGCACGGUCACACUGCUCAGACGGAAGUCACUGACGGCCAGGAUGAACCGGAAUGCGUGCCUGGGAUCGGUCAGUGCUGCGGAGUCGCAGCCAAUCAUGCAGGUUACCGUGGGGACGGUGAAGUAUGAGAAUGUGUACUCGGCCAUCGUGUGGAGGAUUGACAGGCUGCCUGCUAAGAACAUGGCAGUGGACCAUCCCCAUUCCUUCUCCUGUAAGUUAGAGCUCGGCUCGGACCAGGAGAUCCCCAUUGACUGGUACCCGUUUGUCACGGUGGAGUAUGAGAUGGCGGGCGCUGUGGUUUCACAAACCCGGGUAAAGUCCCUGGGCACGGAGAGUGACGUUCAGCCUCAGAAGAACGUCGCCUACAGGACCCACUGUCUUUGUCAGUCGAAGCUUUACCUGUCCGUUAUAGAAGAUGUGAUUGAGAACAUGCGGGAGUUGAUUUUGGAUGAAGGACUAGAAGACCGCGUCCUUGAAGUCCUAAAACAGCUCUGGGAAUCAAAGGUUAUGCAGUCCAAUGCAGUGGAUGGUUUGGCCCUCGUGAAGAAUACCAUCAACUCAUCGAACUUUGUCCUGCAGCUCCCUCCAAACUAUGGACAGAAUUUUACGAAGCCUACAGCCUCUAUGGUGAACCCCGCAGGCCAGAACGUCCAGAGUUUCACAACUAAGAACAACGGAGGAACUCUGGCCACCUUCUCCCUUCCUCCAGGAGUGACCUACCCAGUCCAGAUCCCUGCAGGGGUCACACUUCAGACAGCCUCCGGCCAGCUGUACAAAGUCAAUGUCCCUGUGAUGGUGACCCAGGCCCCCGCCGGCCAAUGCCCUCUGCCCCCAUCCCAGCUCCAACCCAGGCAGAGGGUUCCUGUCGUGGAGCGUCGAGACCUCUGUUCCACUUCCCUGCAGCCAGCCCCGGUGGUUCCUUCUACUGUCCCGAAGACCAUGGCACCUCUGAAGACGGAACCUUUCACCCCGCGACCUGUGGCCUGUCCCAAUGCUGUCCCUCAGACAACUGAGCAGAAGCCCCUGAUUCCUCUGGUCCCGCUACGCGAUGAGAAACCUGUGGUACCCCAACCUGCUGUUCAGCCCACAGUUCAGGGGAACCAUGUUCUGCAGUCAGAAGCUCCUCCAGUUCAGGCUCCCUUUUCUCUGCAUACUCAAAUGUCCUUCCAGCCUCCAUACCAACCACCAUUGUACAAGUCAGAGAGCCCCUUUGACAGUGGCCAUUUUACACUGGAUGGGAUUGACUUUGACAGUCCAAAGCCCAUAGACAUGAGCCUUACUUCUGCCUCCACCCAGAUGCAGAGCCUUCAGGUGAAGAUGGAGACGGUCCUGCCUGAUGGGUCAGCAUUUGGAGCCUCUAAGGUAGCGGCUGAGGAGACGGUCAGACAGGAGGGUCACGGUGGAACAGCUGAUAUGUCGACACACCUGGAGGGUCUUCCUUUGGAUGCUUCCAAGCUGGAGAUGGCCCUGCUGAAAGACUACAACUACAAUGAUGCUCUGGCCGACAUCAUCCAGCUGGAUGGGCCUUCAGACAGCAGCUCUGACGUGGAGGAAUUCGAGGAGGAGAUGGGUGGUGCGAUAGGAGAGAAUGACUUCCUGGGCAUGAUGACAGCGGAGGCUCUACAGGCUCUACAGGAGGCGGAGGAGAGCAGUGAUGAUGGAAAGUCCAGCUCCGGUGAUGACAGUGUUGGGAUGGAUGAAGUCACAGUGGAAGAGGACCCUUUGAACUCUGGGGAUGACGUGAGCGAGCAAGACGUCCCUGAUCUCUUUGACACCAACAAUGUGAUAGUGUGCCAGUAUGAUAAGAUUCACCGGAGUAAGAACCGCUGGAAGUUCUAUCUGAAAGACGGUGUGAUGUGUUACGGGGGAAAGGACUAUGUUUUCUCCAAGGCUGUCGGAGAGGCAGAGUGGUGACUGGGUUCAAGCCUGUGUUCCCGUGUCCAUACUGGUUUAGUUGAGAGGAUAAGUGGGUUUUUGAAACGCAUUUGACAUUGCUUCCUCCCAAGUAGCGCGCGUGAUAUUGUAACGUGACGACACUGAGUGUCCUAGUGAGAGACGGAAUAAUAAAUACACUUCCUGGUUUUGUGGUAAUAAACGUCUCCAAUGGAGGGUGGGAAACAGUCACAUCGAGAGGAUGAUAUCAUUUGAAUUUAAUGGGAAAAACAGAAGUGUCCAUUGAGCUAGAAAAAGACAGUUAGAAUCUAUAAAGACUUUCUAAUGUGAAUACAAAUGUAUUGAUGACAAUGUGUCCUUUCCAAAUGACUCCCUAAAGCCUAGAAUGUGUCCUAUUCCCUAGGGCCCUAGUCAAAAGUAGCACACUAUGUAGGAGAUAAGCUGCCAUGUGGGACCUACAGAAUAUCCAAUUAAACCAUCGAUGUGCAGUAUGUUUUAUAGUUUAUUUAUUUAGCUAUUAUUUUAUGUAAUUCCAUGAAAGCACCCAGAAUGCAUUUGUUUAGGAGGCCAAAGUAGAGCUUAUACCUUUUUUAAUUAUGUUUAUUUUAUUUUUUUAACAAUGUCUCAGGACUGUUAGAGAAUGUUUUUCUUUUUUUUUUGGUGGCCUUGUUUGAAUCCUUAGAAAUGUGGAGUUUCUACUGUCAAUUAAAUAUUGUAUAAGCAUCAAUAUAGAU